AUGGAUGCACGUUCACCGCCCAACGCUUGAUUGUUUGGUCAAUAUUAGGGUUGCGUUAGGGUUGGGUUUUCCAUCACAGAUCUCACCCGAUUACAGUAUUAUCUCUUCAAGAUCGUCUCUCUGAAUACCUAGUCGGUUUUCUGAUCAUCAAUCAACGAGUUUCUUUACGAAUCGCAUACGAUUAUGGAGAUGGAGCGUGUUACGGAGUUUCCCAUGGGUCAAUUGGAUCUCAGGCCGAGGAAGCGACAGAGAUUGGGCUGGGAUGUGGUUCCUCCACCACCGAAGGCUCAGCUAGGAUUAUUUUGUGGACAAGAGAUUGGAAAUGUGGCAAGCUUUGCACCUCAGCGAGCACCAUCAGACCACAUUAGUUCUCCCCUUGUUAAGCGUGUGGCUCGAAAUGCUUCUCCCCCAUGGCGCCAAGAUGAUAAAGAUGGUCAUUAUGUGUUUGCACUUGGUGAUAAUCUAACUUCCCGAUAUAAGAUUCAUGGGAAAAUGGGAGAAGGUACAUUUGGACAAGUCUUGGAAUGUUGGGACAAGGAAAGAAAGGAAAUGGUGGCAAUAAAAAUUGUUCGUGGCAUAAAGAAAUAUCGUGAGGCAGCAAUGAUAGAGAUCGAUGUGUUACAACAACUUGGUAAACAUGACAAAGGAGGCAAUCGUUGUGUGCAAAUAAGGAACUGGUUUGACUAUCGUAACCAUAUGUGUAUUGUUUUUGAGAAGCUUGGACCAAGCUUAUAUGAUUUUCUACGCAAAAACAAUUAUCGCUCAUUUCCCAUUGACCUAGUUCGGGAGAUUGGCAGACAACUCUUGGAAUGUAUUGCAUUUAUGCAUGAUUUGAGGCUGAUUCACACUGAUUUGAAGCCUGAAAACAUACUUCUCGUGUCUCCAGAGUAUGUGAAAGUUCCUGAUUACAAGGGUUCAUCGAGGUCACCAAAAGAUAGUUCUUUUUCUAAAAGGGUUCCGAAAUCGAGUGCUAUUAAGGUGAUUGACUUUGGUAGUACAACAUAUGACAGACAGGACCAAAGCUACAUAGUGUCCACACGUCACUAUCGUGCACCGGAAGUUAUAUUAGGGCUUGGAUGGAGUUAUCUGUUGCUCGGUAAGAACAGUAAAAGCUAG